AGCGCUUCUAUACUAAGUACAGGAGAAGCGCACGGCACUUGCUAAGCAGGUCAACACAGUAUUUCAUUCGUUUUUUUUCGAAAAAUGCCAUCGCUCGACGAUCCUGAGCCGGGAAGUCUGGAACCGGGCGUUCCGGACGACACCGGGGCUGCGCUCAUGGAUAGUGGUGCCAACGAAGAAGAAGUUCCAGAGGGAGGAGGUGAAAGCGAACAGCUUGUCGCAACAGAUCAAUCCGGCGGUAUCCAGCCUGCUUUCCCCGCAGCGGCAACCAAGCAAAGCCUUCACGGCGUGCCGCGGGAGCAGCACCUGGAAGUUGCGAACAAGGUCCUCAACCCUCUGGACCCUUCCAUCGAAGACCGGCACCAGAACCUGAAGCGCAAAAUCAGCGACCUGAUCUCUUUUCGUGAGGAACGGGCGAAAUCCGCCUACAGCUACGAGCAGUUCCGCGCGAGCAUGGAGGAGCACAAGAAUAGCGUCGACAUUACGCAGUUGCGCAGGGAGAUGGAAGGGAUCAAAAACGGCUACCACCCGCCGACCUUAGACGAAGACGGGCGGAUCUCCCCGAGUAAGGCCGACCACGAGCACUUGGAGGCGAAAAUGCAGCAGAAGUUCGAGUAUCUGCGGCAGAAGAUGAACACGAAUUCGAACGUGCAGUUUCAGCAGUUGGAGGAUCUGAAGGGGAAGUUGGACGACACCUUUUCCGAGUCGCGGCUCUCCCGGCUUAUCGAGCAACUGAUCGACAUGCACCUGCACAAGGCCUUCUGUCUCCUCUUCGAAGAGUUCCAACAGUCGGUGCAGAUGCGGGGUCGUUCCACCUUCACGGGUUCUGGUUCAUCUUCACUCGACGGAAAUUAUAAUCGGCCUUCGGGAAUUAUGAAAAGAAUGACGAAACAUGAUGAACUGGUGAAGAAGAACUACAAUCUUCCCGACGGGCUCCCCGGUUGGUUCUUCCAGCGAAAAUAUAGAAAUGCGCAGAAAAGAGCUGAGGAACCUGCGGUUGGCAAGAAAUUUUCAGACGGCCUGCCGGGGUGGUUUUUCCAGCGAAGGUACAGGAAUGCGAAAAAUGCAGAAGAUCCUGAUCAGCAGGAAGCAGGUCGUGCUGCCGGCAUAAUGAUAAACGAAGAUGACUCGGUGUCCAAGUUGGAAGCCACCGAAGGAGCAGAUGACCAGCACGCAUACGACCCGGAGGGAACCGUCAUCGAGCUUGAGGGGACGGUCCUGCCGAACGAGCAUGUGAAUAAUGCUGCUAGUAAAUACACGACCAUGGAGAAUUACCACACGCCAAGUCAACAAGAACCAGGAGCGAAUAUUAAGACGUCAACACCAGCACCCCCGCCGGCGACGAAGCACGAAUGGAAGCAGGGUUUGCAAGCGAUGAUUCGGUCGAGCGUGGAAAAUUACUUGGCGAACAGUCAGGAAGCGGGGGUGAUGAUGAAGGAAGAAAUUGCCCGGAUCGUCACGGACGCGGUGGAAGCCAGGUUGGACGAGCUUCUGAACGCCGGCGGUGGCGGGGACCAGUCCAGGAAAAACUCUUCCAGGGUAGCGAAUGUCGCAGGAGGUGAAGACGCACUCGCGAAUAGCGACGCUGAUGGUGAUGGAGGAACACAGGAAGAGCCAAACACCGGCGACGGCGAAGUAGAAAACGGCAACGGGGCGGAAGAUGCUGGUGACCGAGAAAAUCAAGCCGAAAAUAAGAACAGUACUAUCGGUGGGGAAACCUCGAAACCGCAAACUGUCGCAGAGCGAUUGAGCUACCCGACGAACGAGCUGCAAAACCUGCAGACGCAGAUGAAGACGCAAUACGACGACGGAACGAUGGUGGCGACCAUGGAAGACAUAGACGUCACGCUGACCAGAAAGGUCAUGGUCCUUGGCGAGGAAGUUGUCAAGUUGCAGCAGCACCAACUGUCCCAGCAGAAGAUUCUAGUCGCGCAGGAAAAAACGAUUCUGAAACUGCUCGAACUGUUGGAGGAAAGAGAAAUAAAUGGAGGUGACGCAGCCGCAAGUAGUGCGAGUGCCUCUACCGAUUUAUUGAAGAAGUUCGACUACAAGGCGGUGCUGAAGUCCGUCGCGAAGCUGGAGGAGGACAAAGAAGGACAGUUCAAUAUACUGGCGGUGAAGCAAGAACAAAUGGACGACCGAUUGACGCAUCUGGAAGAGGAGCUGCUCGCUGGAGGUGCUGUGGUCAGCUCGGGGCCUGCUGGUGGGGGCCAAGACGCGGACGGCGCCGCUGCCGAAAAAUGAUCAUGGACAAAUAGCCUCUUUAGGCUGAGGAACUGUUUCCGAAUUGUUCGUAGCAAUCUCCUCCGCGCCUUGUGGUAAAAUAGCUUUAGCUCCUCUUCCUUCUAUGAGUCAGCUUGCAACAUGAACACGAAAGAAAU